AUGUCAACAUCAGCGAACUUUAAAAAGUCGCCUAACCUAAACUACCGCCAAGGAGGACAGUCAAGGUAUGUUCCAUCCAGCGAAAGCCAUCAUCCCCAAAGUAUCCCAAUCCAACCCUCAACUUCCUUUCUUCGUCACCCUGACGAUGUUUUGCAACCAGCCCAACAGUCACCAUCUGGAAGUCAGUGGCUGACUCCCCCUACCUCAUCUGCUCUUCUGUCAUACCAACACCAAACGGCCUCCUCAACGAUUUUUCACCAUCCGUCUUCACGACCUACCUUUCAGCUUCAUCCAGAAUGCUAUAGCCGAAUGCCCUCACCCAUAAACUUACCGCAUGCACCAGCGACAGCUUACUUGUGCAAUUAUGCUCCAGUGGAUUCAGCCGCUCGUUUCUAUGUCAAUGGAAGCCUAACUCAAGCAAUUGAAGGCUGGCCAACAGCUUUUCAACCUCCAAGGACACCACAACCUAGCCCUCAUCCAGGUUACUCUUUUCACCCUCACGAAAUGGGUAUGGCUCCGACCGAUUCUUCCGUGUUACACCGUCCAUCAGAAUUGGACUUCGCAAACGCCUGCAAGGGUUCCAUUCCUCCUCAUUCAGUAGCUCAACAGGCUUCUCCAGCAAAAGCUAAACUUCUCUUCCCAGCCAGACUCCCGGUUAUCGUGCCUACUGGUUCUCCACCACCGCUGCCUCCUAGGACGACUCGCCAGCCACAGACUCAGACACAAACACAGCAGCAGCGUCCUCCAGCACUGCCACCUCCCAGUACUGUUCAACGAGGCAAACAAACUGACCCCUGGAGCAAUUGGGGCGGAUCAACUAGUGUUACUGCCAUCCCUUCUGGUGGUGGUUUGCCGCAGUCCAUGCCCUACCUCUCCACACCUAGCUCUGGAAAAGUUGUGAAGUUUACAGGAUCUGCUAGUGUUCAUCGACCCUCUACACUACUGCCGAGCAUUGACGAUUCAUCGAGCGAGCAUUGUCUCAAGCCGCGCUCAUCGAACCCCUCAAAAGAGACAACACCAGUCGAAAUGGGUUACAGGAAAACCAAGUCUCCAUCUCCAUGUCCUCUGAGUGGGCACCAUGCUAAAACGAGCACUCCUAGUCGUCCGAGACAAUUUCUGUCCGCUGAACGCCAGGCCUCGCCCAGCAAUGAAAUUUUUCGACAAAAUAUGCAAAAGUUGAGCACGGCAGUCGUUGCCUCUACAGCCUCAGCAGCAACAGCAGCAGAACACCGACUCGUUUGCCACCUCUCUGUUGCCAGCGAUCAGGAAUGCAGUCAACUAAAGUCUUCGGAUGUGGGUCUCUCUGGCUCCCUCUCCUCUCCAUCCUCCCGUUCCUCGUCCUCUGCCUCCGUGUCGGGAUCCUCGUCAGAUUCCUCUUCUAGCAAUGACAGCGACGAGCCUUGUGGUAGCUCUUCCCACUCAUCCUCUAGCUUUUGCUCCGACUGUGCCCAUAGUGGCAUUAACACCAACCUUGCUAAGGACGAGACUGUCACCACCAGCGCAUUAGGAGAGGUAAAGGAGGAAGGGGAGACGACAGGAGGUGCGGACUACGUGCCCUUCGUGAAGGCAGUAAAUCCAGCUGUGUACCGACGCUUCAUAGAGCAGAAGUAUUUCUCCAACGUCGGCCGAGUACACAAGGAACGCGAGGAGAGGCAAGCUCGACUGGAGGCUGAGAUGGCCCUCAUGGGACUCAGUGAGGCCUCACGCGCCCACAUGCGGAAGAUGCUGCAAGCCAAGGAGUCCAACUACAUGCGUAUGCAACGCGCUCGGAUGGAUGAGAGCAUGUUUAUUCGCAUAAAACGCCUUGGUGUUGGGGCCUUCGGGUGGGUGUGGUUAGUACGCAAGAAGGAGAAUCGGCAAUUGUACGCGAUGAAGAUUUUAAAGAAGCGCGAUGUCGUGCGUCGACGCCAACUGGCCCAUGUGCAGGCGGAGCGUGACAUUCUGGCCGAGGCUGACAGCGAUUGGGUGGUGAAGCUGUUUUUCUCCUUUCAGGACUCCCAUGCCCUCUACCUUGUCAUGGAGUACAUUCCUGGUGGAGAUAUGAUGUCUCUGCUGAUAAAGAAAGAAAUUUUUGAAGAACCUUUGGCACGAUUCUACAUAGCCGAGUUGACUCUUGCGUUGGAGAGUGUUCAUGACUUGGGCUUCAUACACCGAGAUAUCAAACCAGACAACAUACUAAUCAAUCGCGACGGACACAUCAAACUAACAGACUUUGGUUUGUGCACAAGUUUCCGGUGGACGCAUAGCAGUAAGUACUGGGAUCCGGUAUUUGCUAUCCCUCAGCCCGGUCAGGAGAAGACUGCUGCCAUCUCACCCAACACAGAGGGAGCUGCGGCAGCAGAGACGACAGAGGUAGCAGAGGGCGAUGCAGAGGGUGGCGAAGGAGAAGUGGGGGAUCAGGUGUGGCCUAUGCAUGAUCAAACUCUUGAGCGACGCAUUCGCAGCUCCUCCAACCGACGGUGCGCAAAGUCGCUUGUGGGCACGCCCAACUACAUCGCACCGGAGAUUCUACGUCGACAAGAGUACAACCGUGCCUGCGACUGGUGGUCGGUAGGAGUAAUCCUUUAUGAAAUGCUAGUUGGUCGACCGCCAUUUGUAGCUCAGACAGCGUUAGAUACCCAGCUGCGAGUAAUUCAGUGGCAGCGCCACCUACGGAUCCCGGGCGAGCCGAGGUUGGCCUCUGAUGCGGCUGAUCUCAUCCGCAAACUUCUUUGCGAUCCAGAGGACCGCUUGGCCGAUCCACGUCUCAUGAAACAGCACGCUUUCUUCGGUUCCGUUGAUUGGGACAAGCUGCCCACUCAAACACCUCCCUACGUUCCAACUAUCCUAAACGAACUGGAUACCUCCAACUUCGAUGCAGUGGAUGAAGAGGCCGGUGGAGAUGAUCAGGCGAGUUCCCAAAGCAGUUGCGGUGGAACUGGGGGCGGAGGAGGUACAUUUGGGCUAACUAGUGCGCCGCAUGCCUUCCCUGACUUCACCUUCAAACGCUUUUUCGAUCAGGACAACAAUCCCACCGCCUCAGAACGUACUGCCAUUGGCUCCACAGAGGCAUGGCAUCAGACCAGCGCUUUGCUUGUGCCUUCCUCCUCCUAUCAGUGA